CUACUUUGCUAGUCGGAUUCGUCAGUAGGCGUCGGAAGUAACAAUUAUCGUCCAAGAACUAACGUUGAUGUCCCAUUACCAAGUUUACCCAUUUACCCUCCACUGUCUACUUCGCGCGCUUGCGCUCUGUGUCCCGGCGCGGCGUCUGUGCGAUCCGGGCGGCGUCCCGGAAUAAAACCGAUCGUUCCGGGCGGGUUCCGGGCAGCUGCACCACCAACUCCAACCACACCACGCCACCGGCGACGGCACAAAGUCCACGCGCGUCGCAGUCGAAGUCGAACACCAGCUCCGACCGACGGCGACACCACCACCGCGACACGUAACCACGCACAAGACAAAAUGAAAGCCGCGUUGGCCGUCCUGGCUGUGUGCCUGCUUAGUCAAGGAGCGAAUGCCUGGGGUGGACUGUUCAACAGGUUUUCCCCAGAAAUGUUGGCCAACAUGGGCUAUGGAGGCCAUGGCGGCGGAGGUGGGGGAGGAGUCUUCCUGGCAUGUUAUGGCAGGCAGUGCACUGCCAAUGAGAAUUGCUGUCCAGGAUCUGUGUGUGUGGAUUGGUUGGCUCAUGUCUCUUUGCAUAUGGCCGAAGGGUGGGCGAGAUAUGUCGACGAGAUAGUGAUUGUGAAUCUGGAUUGGCCACCAGUACGUCAAGAAAAGCAAUACGCAGAACCUUGCCACAUGAGCGCUGAAUGUGACAUUUCCAGAGGGCUGUGCUGUCAAUUACAAAGGAGGCAUAGGCAAGCGCCAAGAAAGGUAUGCUCGUACUUCAAAGAUCCCCUGGUCUGCAUAGGUCCAGUGGCAACCGAUCAAAUCAAGAACGCAGUGCAGCACACCGCUGGUGAGAAACGACUCACAGGAUUAGCCAACUUCAAGAGACCGAUGCACUAAACUCCACAAUGAUCUAAGAUCCAAGAAAUCUUUUUUUUUUCAGUUGCGCUGACUCAGAGCACCGUUUCUCGGAGGUAUGACUGCUAAGGUUCAAAAUUCAUACAGAAAGAAGCAGUUAAUAAGGAGAAUGUUUGAGAUACUAAAAGUAAGCAAGACGCUAGCGAUCAGUUGCUUCAAAUUUCUAUUGCUAUAUCAGAAUCUAGAAAGCGUGGCCAUACUAAAAGUUGGAUACUCCACGUCAUGAGACAUACUCAAUUACCUUAAAUUUUUAAUAGAUCAUCGUGGCUUACAAUUGGAAAAUACAUGAAUGAUUCAGACUUUCUAUACACUGGUUACAAUGACACAAAAAGGUAAUAGUGGCUCAGGAUUUAUCUGAUAUCAAACAACUUCAAGAUGUCUUAGCAGUAAUAGCAAAAAUUGCAAAAAAGCAACAGGUCUCAUAUAUCUAGGUCACUUGAUUCCUAUCUCUUUUAAUUUAUGAAGUACCAAAUUAAACUAAAAAUGACGAUUUCAAUAAACUGUAUAUCAAGAUUUGAGCAUUCAAAUGAUGGAUCGUGGUUUGCCUCUUUAUUUGAACUUUUUAGCUAACCAGACAAUGGCCACCUUUGGACUGAGAAAUUGACAAAGACUCCAUAUUUUUUUAGCAUUAAUGCUCUACCAACUCGGUAUAUCCACAUGUUUUUAUUCAUCAACCCACGAAUGUCCACAAUAAUCCACAACGAUAAACUCACCUAUAUCUUUGUAUUAUUAAAAAAGUAAGCUCACUCGCCAUGUUUAUAAAUGUUUAGUCAUAGUGAUAUUUGUGGUGUCACCGAUGUUCUUGUCUAUCUGUCGUGUGUUCAUCAUUGCCUGGUUUAGUUUUUUAAUUUUCUCUACAUUAAAACCCUCAUUGGCUCUAGUUGUUUAUCGCAUGCUUCAAUAAGUCCCAAAUGAAAUUUAUCUCGGUAAACGAGACAACACGAUGAGAUGGAUGCAAGGUAUGGUGAUAUUAGCAAUAAUAGUAAUAGUAUCGUAGUCAUCGAAUAGAUCUUAGUAAUCCCAGUUCUUUUUUUGACAAAGUCAAGAUGAAGUUCAAAGGUCCAUGCUCUAACGAAUUUAUUCAUUCAUUCAUUAUCAAAAUCGGAAGCCAUUCAAAUGAGACAUAGACGGAUGACAGAAAUAAAUUCUUCUACACCACCACGCAAAAUUAAGUAGACAAACAAAAUUUUUUUCAAAUUAAAUUUGAAAUAACUCUUUAACCCGUGGAUCAAUUUCGUUAAUUUUUGUCAAGUUGUAGGUAAUUCCAUUGUCAUCAUUAUCGCCUAUCGAUAUUGCAAAAAAAUGUUGAAAAUGUUUGUUGUUAUACAGGGUGUAACUAAAAGGUGCAUUUUGCCCUAAAUUUCUGAACACCCUGUGGAAACAUUGGAUUACUGAAUAAUGUGUCUUCGUAUUAGAAUUUUAAGCCUCAACUAUUCUCAACAGUUCUUUUUUUGGUUCAUUUCAAUAUCUCAAUUAUUGAAGAAUAUAUGCUGUUUUGAAGAAAGUCAUGCGAAUCAUAGCAUGGCAUGUCAAACAGAUCCUUGUCAAGCAAUGUUCAACAAAAAUAACACCGGAACAAGUAGCGCAAGCUGUAGCUUUACAAGAUGAUGGUAGCAAAGAUUUAGAGCAACUGGUUCUUACUCAAGGAGACCUGGGCAAGGAAGAAAGAAAGCAACAAACGCAGUUGAAGAUCGGUUUCUGGGACUUCAACCUCUUCGAGAAAGGAUAGUUCCUGCUACAGCUUCAACUCGAAGAUUGGAUAAUGUUCAUGGUACCAUAGUUUCCACCAGAUCCCGUACGCCGAAGGUAGAGAGAAGAAAACCUGUCAUCUUGUGUACCUGCUACAGGUCCUCUAUUGUUUAUUGCUAUGAUUCGCAUAAUUUUCUUCAAAACAGCAUAUAUUCUUCAAUAAUUGAGAUAUUGACAUGAAUCAAAAAAGGAACUGUUGAGAAAGGUUGAAGCUUAAAAAUCUUAUAUGAAGACACAUUAUUCAGUAAUACAAUGUUUCCACAGGGUGUUUAGAAGUUCAGUGUACAGUACAGUUAUACCCUGUAUAAUAUAUAUAAAAAUGGUUAGAAAAACUUGAGAGCACAAAAAUACCACACCCUCUGACAGAUUUCGAUUGUUGUCGCGAUCUGGUUAUAAGGUUGUGGCUCCUACAACACUCAGUAGGCUGAUGCUGAAUCUGAGCAGUCAUACCUCCAAGAUAACUGCUGUUCUCUAUAUCUAUCUAAUGAUAACAUGGUUCGAAUCACUAUACAUUUACCAAAAUAUCGUUAAAUAUAUAGUAUAUUUUUUCACACUUUAAAGAUCAUUAUAUAGAACAGAAUAUCAUUUAUGAGCCCUGAAAAGUGUUUCGUAUCAUGUGACUAACAUAUAAAGUCUAUUAUAGUUGUACGUGUAAAAACUUAGGAAAUUGGCUGAGGUAUUUAUAUAUUUAAGAGUAAUAUUUUAAUCAUUGAUAUUAUUUUGGCCUAGAUGUAAAAUUAUACUGAUAGAUUUUGACGUAGCUAGUGUUAUAGAUUCUACAGAUCUUUGUAUAGAAAUGUUUUUUGUCUUGAAUUUUAUCCUAUCUAACUGUGAUUUUGAAGAUGUGUAUCAUAGACAUUUUUUGAGGCUGGCAUGCUGGAACCACACGAAAUUUUGACGGAAAGUUUACAUAACGUUAAUGGUCAAAAAUGUCCAUGAUUUACUGAAUGGAUGUAAUUCAACUAUGAAGGUAAUUUUUUUCCUCGUUGGAUCGAGAUAAAUACAUAUCAUAAGAUACAUAUCAUAUUAUAUUGAUGUUAUAUUUAAAAAUAAAUGUAUAUGAGCAAUUUCAC